AAUUAAUUUGACCGGUAGCGUUUGUAAGCCGAGGAAUUUCGUGCCGCCGACCAGAGAGCGUAUGAGCGACGAGGGAAAGGUGGUAGUGCCGGCCUAUGGCGCUCUGCCGCUGGAAUCCAGUGGGGCGAGCAAGCUUAAGCUCCGAUCCCAAUCCAACCGCGAGCUAGCCCAGUCGGCGCGCGGCGCGCGGCGCAACACAUCGUUGUCCGUGUCGACUGGCGGGUUCGUCCAACACAGCGGCCACGGCGUUCGAACGUCGGCAUUGACCAACAACCUCGUGGGGAUGGCGCAAUCCGCACCGGGAAAGAAGAAGGUCAGGGGGAACAGCCUGUUUGACGGCCUGAGCAUGUCGUCGUCGGCUUCGUCUCGCCGCCGUACAUCGCGGGGCUUGGCCCAGACGACGACCUCAUCGCUCGAGUCGUUUCAGUCGACACUGGGAAAUCGGAUGGUCACUGCGCUGACGCCACGGACCGGCUACGCAUGCGCCACGUGUGGCACGAGUCUGGUCGUGACGUGGCCCGAAGCAGCAGCAGGGGAGGACUCGGUGGCGGCGGCGGCCGCGCGCUUGCUCCACUUGGACGUGGUGCCUCCUCCAGCACGGACCGCCAAACACAACGACGACAACGAAGAGGGUGCAGAAGACGACGACGUUGCGAAGAAGAAUGCAGUGUUUGUUCGCGAACAUGUAUGGGAGAACCAGUACUUUAGCGUGUCCGAGGCCAAGUGGAGUCGCGAUUUUGUCGACCUCGUGGGCAUGUCUCCAUAUUCGAGCGACGACAUGGAGCCAUUGCAGUCGCUGCCAGAACCAUGGACGAUCGGCCAGACGAGUUCCUGGGUCGACGACUGGACGCCCGUGGCCUCGCAUGAAGAGGAUCCAGGCGGCUGGCACUAUGCAGUGUCGUUUCACGCGUUGUCACAUAGUACUCCUAUGGACGAACCCUUAGUGGACACGACAGAAAUUAGUGUGACACGGCGCGCGCGACGACGGCAGCUCGUUCGCCAUCGGACCAUCGACCCCACCGAAAAUGGAUGGAUGGGCGAGCUCAAGCAUCGAAGUGUGACGCAUUCGCUGGCCAAGACGCCGUUGUGUCAUACGUGUGCACUCAAGUUGACACAGUCUUUACAAGCGGAGUUGGACAAACUAUACACUGUUGCAACACAGUACGACGUGUACCUGCUUGGGACUUCGAAUCCCAUCACCAAGGACCAGCAUCAUCUGGUUAUACCUCACGACAAUAUGGACAUCCUCCAAGGAGCAUCCCAUGUGGGCAGUACUACUAGUACCCACGAACCCCCAUCUACAUCACAUCACGAUGUCUUUACCACUCCCAUCAGCAGCUCUGCCCAACAUCAGAGCACCCCCGAGCAUGCCGAGACUGAUCUUCGGGACCUUUCCCAUCUUCCCCAACCCCCUCAACUGGCCGACCACGUCAUCGACUUGGACUUGCUAUCGCUGGACCAGUUGCGCCGCGAAGAGGCGGCCCUGGCGGCGCUGGUGGCCGACUUGGAAGCUUCUUGCAUUUCCACGAGCCAAACGCGGCAACUUGUGUGGCAAUGUGCUGCGAACUUGCAGCAUAUGACACAGCAGACGUUUAUAGCUGGGGGGCUUCUCCAGCUCGAUCACCACUGGACGAGUCAAGAGCGGGCGUCCGUGGGGGUGUUUGCUGUGCAUGCAUCCGAUAUGCUGCGCUGUCUGCAGCGGUACAAUGUGUUCAAUGAUGCAUUCCAUAUUUGGCAUGAAGGGCCGUUUGGCACGAUCAACGGGCUCCGGCUUGGGCGGCUGCCGAGCCGGCCGGUCGAGUGGGCAGAAAUCAACGCCGCCCUCGGCCAAGCGACGCUGCUGCUCACGACUGUGGCUCAGCGCGCCGGCAUGGUGUUUGCAAAGCAUGUACCUGUGGCCCGAGGGAGCUACUCCAAGAUGCUGGUUGCGCAAGGAAGCGGCGUGAAACGAAAGGAGUACCCGCUAUUUAACGACGGCGGGUUUCUCCAGCGGCAAAAGUUCAACACUGCGCUCAAAUGUUUGCUGGAGUGUGUGGACGAAGCUGGCAGACAAGCGAUCGUGGAAGAGCCAUCCCUCCGGUUCCCGUACAAAAUCACCCGCGCUAAGAUUGGAGACCUGAGCAUUGAAGUGGGCGGCAACGACGAGCAGUGGACCAGGGCACUCAAGUAUCUCCUCACGCACUUGAAAUGGCUCCUCGCGUGGGUCGCAAAACGAUAUCCGUAGAAAAGUAAUCCUAUACUAUGGUAUAUUACUGAGACUGUUGCAAGCUUAGUAAUAGUUUGUAGAAACAAUUUACUAGUACUAGUGAUUUUGCUAAUGCGAUUGAUUGGCC